AUGGUAGCGGACGAUCCGUUUCACGAGCCACCUGAGACGCCACCCCUUUUCACCACACGGCCCUUAUCGACUGGACCUUCCCGGCCGAUCCUUCGAGUCCACUCUGAAAAUGAUCUCGCUAGACCCGAAGAUCAUCAACACGGCGUAGGGCACACACAGCAGAACUCGGGCGGUGGAUCCGGAUCACGCACACCCGCUCGUCGUGUGCAGUGGACGACUGACCACAUUGUCAACCUCCCGCCGCUGUCCUCGUCGCCCAAGCCCGAGGAGGAGCACGAGCUCCAGAAUCUCGGCGCCGACUCUGACGGUGUUGCCACCCACACCGUCCAUCCGUCGAAUCUUCCCGAUGUCGACAGCGCCCUCGAGCGCUUCCAGCGCCGCCGCAACCGACCGAGCCAACUGUCCCUUGCUUCCGGUGUCUCGUCCGCUGACCUAAGCGACAUUGCGUCCGGGGAUGCAGACGAGGAAGACUACGACUAUCGACUAGACGUCGCCGGUGAGCGCGAGGCUGAGGCUGCUCAUCGCCACCCCUUCCAACUCCACCAUCAUCAUGGUGCUCCCGACGCCGAGGAGGGUGAGCACAACACCGAGCAGGACCUCCUGGACAACCCUCUCCGUGAGAACGUCGACCACUAUGUCCCGCUGGGAGAGACGGACGGUCUGCCAGGACAAGCGGCGCAGGAUCUGGCAAAGGCCCAUGACAUUGUGCGCGCCCACACAGGACGAUGGGCCGGCCUUCGACGACGUGUGAUGCGCGGAAGCGUCAAGAGGAAGGGCUCGGGUGACGACCAUGCCGAGAAGAACGGUCAGUCUGCGGAUGUUAAUGAGAAGUCCCGGACGAGCACCGACACCACUACGAGCGACCGACCUCUGAACCCUUCCAAUCACGAUCUCGAUGCGCAUCUCGGCGGUACGAGGAGUGCUGCCGGCGCCCUACCACCUGGCGGACCCACCUCUGUACUGGGCACGCUGCUCCAGCUGCAGGCUCUCGAAAACGACCACUCCCGUCCCGGCACUGGCGUGUCAACAGCGACAACGACAGCCGUCAACUCGGCGGCUACAACCCCGACGAGUUCACGACCGCCAUCGUUCACUGAUUCCCCUAGGGAGGAGAUUUGUGACCCGAUGCAGACCUCUCAGCCCGUCUCCUCGGGUGACCACAGCCCUCACGAGCCUCACGCACCGACACCGGUCCGGCCUCAUCAUCACCGUGGAUGGUCCAUGUGGUCGAGAACAUCGUCGCCGGACUCAAGCCACUCGCCAGCGUUUGGGAGGCAUCACAGGACGAAGAGCGCCCAAUCCCUCGCCAACCGUGUCGCCCAGUCCGACCAGGGCUUCUUCGGAACGCUCAACAAGUUCCACAGCCACUUCAAUGACCGACCGAAGGGUGCGCGAUCCGCAGGAGGCACUAUCGGUGGCCUCGUCGCCUCGACUGGAGCCAUGGCAGCCCCGCUCGUUCCCGAUCGUGCAGCCAAUGUCAUCAACCCCCGUCGUCCAGGAGUUGUUAUCGACAAGUACCACCUUGAGGAGCCUGCCGUGCGGCCGACCCGCCGCUCUGUGGCCUACGAGACUAAGAGUCUACCGGGCACACCCAUGCGGGUCUCCUCACCGCCGCCGCAAGGAUCGUCGCCUAACAACUUUGCGGACAGGACGCAGAACAACAGCGAAGACUUCCUUCCCCGCCACAAGUCGGCCGACGACAUGCUGGCGAUGCGUAACACGCAGUCCGAAAAGGGCUUACCGACGUCCGAUUCGAUGUCGACACUUACGACCGGGGUGCCCACCGCGCCCCUCUCGACGCCUGCAGAGGGCCCCAUCAUGAUGAAGACGAGCAAGCAGGCACACUGGAAGGUCCCGACGCCUCUCAAGUCUCCUGCGACUGGCCUGAAGAAGGCAGAGAAGUGGGUUGAGCAUCGCGCUCCGCUGUACCGCCCAAAAACCCGCGAGUCGAGCAUGACCGAGGAGGAGAAGGACAAGGCACGCCGACGCAAGGAGCUCAAGGCGAAGAGGGAGCGCGAGAAACGCAAGGCAAAGGAGCGGCAGUACAUUGUCCGCCACGUCGCCCAGAUCAUCUUCCGGCAAAAGUUCCUGCUCCAGCUUGCGCGCGCGCUCAUGAUGUUUGGCUCGCCCUCGCACCGUCUCGAGACGCAGAUUCAGGCCACGGCUAAGGUCCUUGGUCUGAACGUGCAGGUCGUGUACAUUCCUGGCGUCAUGCUGGUUUCCUUCGCGGACGACAACACGCACACGACGGAAGUCAAGUUCUUAAAGCAGCAGACGGGUCUCGACCUCGGCAAGCUCCUUCUGGUGCAUAACAUUUACUGGAUGGUGGUCUACGACAAGGUGUCGGCCGAGGCGGCGACGCUGCAGCUGGACAACCUCAUGCGCUCACCGCCCGAAUACAACUGGUGGCAGACGAUCCUUAUCGCCGGUCUCUGCUCCUCGUUCAUCGUCAUCUUUGCGUUCUACGCGUCCUUCAUCGACGCCCUCGUCUGUGCACCCCUCGGCAUGAUCAUGGCGGGCGUGCAAAUGCUUGCGGCCAAGAACGACCUGUUCUCCAACGUGUUCGAAAUCGCCAUCGCCACGCUCAUCUCGUGGAUCGCCGCCGUGCUCUCGCGCACGCGCGUACUGUGCUACACAGCCAUGGUGUCUGGCGGUGUCGUCCUGAUUCUCCCCGGUUACAUCGUGUUGACUGGAGCGCUCGAGCUCGCCGCGCGCAACAUCACAGCAGGCGCGGUCCGAAUGGGCUACUCGGUCAUUUACUCGCUCUUCCUCGGUUUCGGAAUCUCCAUCGGAGCCGAAAUCUACUCCAAGAUGUUUGGCGAGAGUCUCGCGACGGCCAAGAACUGGGACUGCUCCCAGACUCACGACCCUAACAGGUGGUACCAGAUGACCCCGAGCGGGUACUGGUACUACCUCUGUGUGCCGGCGUACGCACUCGUACUCUCACUGCGCAACCAGCAGCCGUUGUUCGCCAAGGAGCUGCCCGUCAUGGUCCUUAUCGCGUGCGCCGGCUGGGCCGUGAACCACUUCUCGGCUUACGCCUUCGGUGGACGUUCCGACAUUGUCUCCGCCCUCGGCGCCUUCACGGUCGGUAUUCUCGGCAACAUCUACGGGCGCUUCUUUAGCAACGGCGCCUCCUUCCCCGUCAUGGUCACGGGUAUUCUGCUGCAGCUUCCCUCCGGUCUCUCGCAAGGCGGAAUCUUCAACUUUGCGGCCGAGGGUAACGAAAGCAAGAACACAACCUCGCAGUACAGCCAGGGCUUCAGCGUGGCGCAGCAGCUUGUCUCCGUCGCCAUUGGACUUACCGUCGGCCUCUUCGUCGCGGCCGUCGUCACCCACCCUCUCGGAGGAAGCAAGCGCCGCGGGUCCGGCAUUUUCUCCUUCUAA